CCAAAAGAGUCAGGGCACCCACUGGCUAUUGCUUGAGUCUGAAAUGUUUUAGCAGGUGUUGAAUGUUAUGUAUUUUGUUUCUCUGUGUGUACUGAUAAUUAGAGUGCCGAAUAGGACACAGCAUGUAAGACCUGCCUGUCUGGACAUGCUUUGGGUGGUAUUGGUACCUAGAGGUGUUCAGACUUAAAUUAGGCUAUUAUUCUUACAAGUUCACCAUUCUUAUCUCUGUGCAGUUCUUUUUUUUGCCAUGACUUAUACUUGUGAAAUGAAUGCUGAGCUGUUAUUGGCACACAUGCGAGUUGCGAUAUUUUCAUGAGAUUGGUGGUGUGGGAAAUAUUUUUUCAAUAAACAGAAAUGAUGACAAAGUUGAGAAAGACUGUGUUGUUGCUUAGUGAUGUAGGCUACAAAAGCAUGUUCGAUGAUUGAAGGUUUGAUCUACAUUGCCUGAACAUUUUGUAUUAGGCCUAUUAUUGAAUAAAUUAGUUACAGAAAGGACAUAUGCUUAUAGACAGAUGACUAAAUAUGUGUUUUACUCGUGAAGUAAAUAAACCUUGGUAGUCUAGACGGAUUUUCAGGCUAAUCAAAAAUCGGACGUCUGAUGUAAUGUGACAAUCGAGUUCCAGCAGUCACUUCCGAGUUUGACCACGUUACUGUGGAAACGAGAUCAAACUGCUUGCGUUUACUGUGGGAAUCAGAACGAACAGCAUUCAAACGGUGUUACUACUCAGGUCACUCAUGGAAUGAUCAGCCUUUGCUAGCAGAGAUUGAUUAAAACAAAUAUGCCUUGAGGAAGAACUUGUUGCUUCCCCUGACAAAUCAUUGGAACGUGAAAAAAUGAAAUGUCCUGAGCACUGAAAAUGUCCUCUCCGAAAAGAGACCAGGAUGACAGAACAACGCUCUCAGGAUCCACAGCUAAGGCUGUAAACGGUAAUAAAAUGGAUAAGACACAAGUUACAGUGUCAGUUCCUGGCACACCUUCCAUACCCCCAAAAGUCAUGGAGUGUCAGAUGGGCCGUGUCAUCGCACCAGUCUCUUGGUCCAAUCCUCCCCAAAUUGGUGCCGUAGACACGUCAGGCCUCGUCCCUCACUCACCACCUGUGUCAAUGAUGGAGCUUCCACAGAUGGUCUCUGCAGUGGGCCAUGAGUUGGCUUCUGGUGAGUCACUAUGGACAGAGGGCCCUUUGAUGAUUCCAGCAGUGCUGGGCGCAGACAUUCCUGUCAAGGUUGGGCAGUCAUGCGAGGGCUCGGCAGUAGACAGUUUUGCAGAUGGAGGAGCUGCCAAGCCUAAGUGCAGGGAUCAAGACAAUGAGGCAAAAGCAGAAAAAGAGAACAAGUCCAAAUCUAAACCACUCACUGGUUUUGAAGUUGUAGAAAUCCUGGCGAAGAAACGUCACCUCGGAGAGAUGCACUUCUAUCACUUACAGAAGGUGGAGAAUUUUAGGCCGUACGAUUUACAGGUGGUUCCCAGUAGUAAGGCUGGCACAGAUUACUACGUAUUUUCGCCCUACACUGUGAUACAUAUCCAGGAUGGCUGCAGCACAACCCUCCUCACACUGGCUGAGUGGUACCGAGAGGCUGCGCUGUGGCGGAGUCUCAGAGACAUUCCAUUUUUCCGAGACUAUAUACUACACAAGGCUUUUACUGGGUGGCGGAGGAAUGUGCGGCAAUUGAUCCUCCAGCGCAGGUCUAACAUGCUGCAGGAGCAGUUGCUUAUGACUGUGCCUCAUUUCAGAGAUGCUCUCCUCCAAAUGUCAAGAUUAAUUGAAGAGUUGAAAGAGGUUCACUGGCUGCCCCAGGAUUACUCCAAGAUGUACACACUUGUUGAAUUUCAAAUGACUCUGAAUGAGAAGAACCAAGAGUCUCAAGGGUUUCUGGAGAAGUUCCUUCUAUACCGGUCAAUUGUACUAAGCAUGGUGCAUGAGGACAGCUAUGCAGCUCACCAGGAGCUGCAGCUGCAUAUCAAGCAAUGCCAGAUCAACCAACGCAGCCAACCCCUGCACCAGCAGCUAGAGCACCACAGUAACCUUCAGAAGGACCUUGCCCAUGCUGAGUAUAUCUUGCUGCGACUUGGUAACAUAGCCUCUCUGGUGGACUGCAUGAUUGUACAGAGCUUGGUUACCAUAAUCCACCGUGAAGUCACAUCUUUCCUCAGUAUAGUUCUUGAGAGAAAGGGGCCCAAGCAGGUCAGUCUGUUUCAUGGAGAGCUCAUCUUUGGGGCAAAGGACCAGUUGACCAUGUUCCCACCAUUGCACUUGUUUCGGGAUGUGUUACAUGGUGCAGUGCUAUCAGUGGCUGAUUCCUUCAUGCAGACAUUUGACUCGUGUAGCUGUUCGGCUGACAGUGGGCUGUCUGACAGCUCCUUGACUGCAGUGACACACGGCCUUACUCCAGACAUCAGUCUGACUCAUACUACAGGAGAGACCUGGACUUCAGCUCCGGAGCGUCAGACAAGUAUGCUGACAGGUGUAAGCAUCAUAGACUCCAAGUGUGAUUCUGGAUGUGUACUGGAGAGCAGGCUCGUGCUGCCCUACCAGCCUCCCCUCAUGGUACAGGGCCAGCGGCUGCGGGGCCAUUACUAUCCCCUCUCCCGAAAACAGCUGGAGUGGUACCUGGGCCUCAGCGCCAUAGUGGAGGAGGUGGAGAGAGACCAGUCCAAGAUCAUGCAGGAUGCCCAGGCAGAAGUACAGAAGCUGUGUAAAAGUUUCUCUUGGUUGGAGGAUAUUCAUUUGUUUACCAGCCAUUGGAGCGCAAGCUCCCUGAACGCCAUGAGGGGUUUGACAUCCCUGCAGUAUGAGGAGCACAUUCAGAAGGUUCGCCUCUGGAUUGACAGAGUGCGCACCCUGCCCCCUCUUUUCACCACGUCUAACAAGCUGUUCACAGUUAAUUGCUUACAGAUCCAGAACAAGAUAGAACCAUUAUUGAACUCUAUUGAAGAAGAUUUCCUCACCCUGUUGGCUGAGGAGAUUCAGCUGCGCUCUCAAAGCCUGAUCUCAGAGCUCAAGGGUGUUGAGGAUGGCCUGAAAGCUGAGCCCACUGACUUCAACGACUUUACCCAUUUUGCCAUCAUGGUGGAGCGUUGUAAGAAGAUGUCAGACGAUGCUCAACCACAGAUGGAAUACAUCCACUCUCUUCAGGAGACUGUCAGCAGGAACUUCAGACGUGUCACUCCAGAGGAGGUGGCCCUGGAGGAACAGAUGCUGGAUUUGUGGGACCAGUUUGUAUUCCUCCUCAAGCAGGCAGAUGAGACAGUUAGCGAUGCCCUUCCCUCAAUGGCACUCACCCUUAAUAACAACUUCCAGUCUCUGGCGCAGGAGCUAGCGGACACGGUGUCAGGUGCAACCUCAGGUGUUUACCUAGAUCCCAACCAGAAUGCUGCCCAGGUCGUCUCUAAACUCAAGGCCAUAUGCAGACAGCUAAAUGUUACCUCUGUGCGUUUGAAAGAGCUAAGCCGGACUAGCAAAGCCCUGAGAGGGGAACCAAUGGAUUUGACCUUUGUUGAUGUAGCCAUGCAGAAGAUUGAGACCCGCAAAGAACUGUGGGAGUUUAUGACAGUCUGCAAAUCACAGAUUCAAGAAUGGAUGCAGCUACUGUUCAGUAAGUUUGUGGUGGCAAAAGCUCAGGAGAAGGUAGAGGAAUGGCGACAACAGGCAUUUGUUUUAUCAAGAACAAUCCCGCCUCAAGAUGCCGUGCUUCAGGGGGCGCUGCAGAUUGUGGGAGACUUUAGCCAACAGCUACCUGUGCUUGCUGAACUCAGCAGUCCAGCACUGAAGAGCAAGCACUGGAAAAACAUAUUUAAAGGUAUGGGACUGCUAUACGCCCCUGCGUGGAAUCUUACUGUGGCGGACCUCGUGUCAAAAAAGCUAUUGGAGCAUCAAAAAGCAAUCAAAAAGAUCUCCAGAGAUGCUAAAGCGGAGGCAGAUAUGGAGCAAGUUUUCCGGAAGAUUCAGCGGAGCUGGGAGGGGGCUCUUUUCCAUCUUGCAAAGUUCAUAAUCACUGUGUGGGAAGAAGAGAAACCGCAGAUGGGGAAUUUCCGAAAGAAGAAGCCCUCUAUCACACAGCAAUCUUGUGACAGUGGCACAUUCACCAUAAUUGGUCUGGACACACUCCAUUCUGAAACAGAGGACAGUGUAAUGACCUUUUCAAACAUGCUGCUCUCUCCUCAUGUGGCUGAUGUCAGACAGGACGUGGAAUAUUGGGUGCAUCUAUUACAUGAGCUUGAGGAGCUGCUUGGCUUUUGUGAAAUGUACCAGCAGAAGUGGGUCUUUCUAAGUAAAAUCUUUUAUGAAACAUCAGUAAAGAAACAAAACUCUGAACUGUUGGAGAAAUUCCAUCCAGUGGACAAAAUCUUCAGAGAGAUGAUUCAGAUAAUACUGAGUGACCCACGAGUGCUGAACAUUGUACAGUACAAGAAGAAUGAAAAGUCAACUUGCCCCUUCCAGGGGAACAGCUUGCGUCUGCUCAUCAUUGAUGGACUGUCAACCAUGGAGAAGAUUUCCAGUGAACUGAUCUAUCACCUGGAUACUCCACGCAGGGCAUUUCCCAGGCUAUACUUUCUCAGCGAUGGCGAGGUGAUGAAACUGUUGUCACUGCACCCCACCCCCACGACCCUAUUGCCAGUUGUGCGCAAGUGCUUCAGAGGUGUGCGCUGGCUUGAAGUCGACACCAACAAGGACAUAGCCAGUGAACAAAAUGCUGCCCAUCUUAGUAGUGGUCUAGAACUGUCAGACAGUCAAUUGUGGGUUAAUGGCGUAUAUGGCACUCUUAGAGAGUAUGUACCGUUUCUCAGUCCUUUGGAACCAAACCUCAACCCCCUUGCCUGGUUUGUUCUUCUGGAACAACAACUGCAACAAGCUAUGGAGCAGCAGAUGAUUAAAUGUGCUAUUGCUCAUCAGAUGUAUGAAUUAACAGAGCAAGAUGGAGAAUGCAAUAGAAAAGUGAGUGAGAGGCUGCAACUUGACCCAUCUCAUCUUAGAAUCUCAACAGGCUUUGUUGGAAAUGAGGGGCAGACAGAGAAGAAUGCCUUUAGUGACACGCCCACUCUAAGUGACCUGAUUUGUCAGUUCCCACUGCAAUGUAUUUUGGUGUCAGAGGAAGCCACAUGGUGUAGUGAGGUCCAGAAAACCUUCCAGAACACAAGCGGAGUCAAAUGGGAACACAUCAACGCCAGGUAUGCACUGAAACUUCAGAUCUUUUGUCGCGCUAUCCAGGAUGGGAUUGUGGACUCCAGUGAGAGAACACACAAGUUCCAUCACAUGAUGACAUCUUUACGAGCUCUGGUUUUACUUAACAUGAAACACUCCAAUCAGCUGUCUCAGUUGAUGCAGGUGAAAGGUGAUUAUGAAUCGUCAUUUGCGUGGCAGAGGCUAAUGAAAUAUCACCUUAAUUUACACGACAAUCAAAAUGUCUUAGACACUCAAGAGAGUAACUGCAAUGCUGCAAAGUCAUGUUAUGUUGACAUUUUGGGAAACCAGCUACCCUAUGGUUUCGAAUAUGUAGGACCUGAGAACUGGAUGAUGGUAAGCACCCCCAGCACAGAUCGGGCUGUCCUGGGAAUCCUACUGGCCCUCACCAACUACAGAUGUGGCUUCAUCAGUGGGCCUUGCAUGUCUGGGAAGAGAAAGACUGUGGUACACUUAGGACAAGCUUUAGGACAGCAGGUGGUCACCUUAAAAUGUUACACCCUCACUCAUCCAUCUGUUGUUCACCAGAUGUUGUUGGGUGCUCUGAAAACUGGAUCAUGGCUUGUGCUGGAAUCAGUUGACUCUUUGACUCAGGGAGCUCUGUCGGAAUUGGGACAGCACCUGUCAGACAUAUAUAAGUCAUAUUUGUUGCUGCUUGGCAAAACCCAGUCAAAAGAAGACCUGGGGCACGGGUCAAAAGACAGGGUUGAGGGCACUGUUGGAGACAUGCUCAGCAGACCUGAUGUGAUGGAAGGUCAGAUGGUUUUCACAGGGAAAUCCAUUUUGGCAAAGCUCAGUUAUGGCUGCGUUGUCAUCUCAUCAAAUGGCUACUCGGCUAAGAUGCCAGAGAAUUUAAGAGUUGUGACCAGGCCUAUCUCAUUAACUAUACCUGAUCAUAACAUCAUUAUGGAGGUAUUGUUUACCUCCCAAGGUUUCAUAGAUGCCAUUUCAAUUAGCCGAAGGUUAUUGUCUCUCUUGAGCACUGCAAAAGACUCACUCUGUCUACCAGACACAGUCAGUGGUAGUCAAACAUCCUGGCUUACGCUUAUCAAGAAUAUCAUAGCUGCCUCAAGUUCACACUUACACAAGUCUAAAGUAGAGGGAUUCUAUAGGGACAGUGUGGUCACAGAAGAUGUCCAAAGACUUCUCAAGCCAUCGGAGGAACUCAAGGCCUCAAGAUUCAACAAGUCUGUGGCAAUUGUGAAUUCUUUGGCAGAAGAACUGGCAGUCGUGAAGGGGAUCAAUUCAGUCUUAACACCUGCUAUUUCUGAACCCAAAAAAUCGUCUCAAUUCCGCAGGAUUUUUGAGGAUCUCUUUCCAACUGCUCGGUGCUUACCAGUCUGUCAACAGUUCAAUGAAGAACGGGAGCAGUUCAGUCUAAAACUUGCCCUGACUGAAGAGCUUCAGAAAACAGGUCUUCACGCUGACAGUGGUGUGAUUGCCAGUGCCCUGUCUCUUUUUCAGACCUUGAAGCUCUCUCAAGCAGUUCUAAUGGUUGGUCCAGCUGGCAGUGGUAAAACCACGUGUUAUCAAGCUUUAGCAGGUGCACUCCGCAAACUAGCAGCUAGGAUAUUGGAAGUUGUUGAGGAUACUUCCAAUGAAGGAGAAACCACUGACACAGACCUUCAGGACUCAACCUCCAUUAGUUGGUACUCUGUUUAUACAGUGGUCUUAUUCCCCAAUGCACUUCUUCAUGAGGAAAUCUUUGGUGCCUGCACUGAACAACAGUGCACAUGGCGGGAUGGGGCUUUCACAAAAGUGCUUAGAGACUCAGAGCGGCAUGACCUGUCAGCCAACCCUUUCUCCAAACUGGGAAAAAGAAGAACGCUCAUCCGUAAGAUGAAAUGGUUAGUUCUGGAUGGUGACCCACUGGCUACACCUGGUUGGUUGGACAGGUUAAGCACACUUGGAAAAUCGCAACCCUUUCUUUCUUUAUCAUCUGGAGAGAAAGUGUGGCCUUCAAGAGAAGAAAUGAGGGUAUUAGCUGAAGUUACUGACAUUAGCGGUGCAUCCCCAUCUGCAGUGACACAGUGCUGUUUAGUGUACUUCUCUGGGAAAGACUUGUGGAAGUCUGUGUGGAAGGCUGAGAUGGAUUUUCUCUACAGGGAGCAUACACUGGACCACAGCACCAUGCAAAUGUGGAAGAGCAUGGCAGCAGACCUGUUUGCUAGGACGCUCACAUUCAUCAAGUUAAACGCCCUUACAUCAGUGAUGUUGACUGAUAACAAUGCAGCCAAAAAUUCCAGCUAUGGUGCUUCAGACGGAUUGCAGGAAGUUAUGUCUUUCAUCAGAAUCCUCAAUGCUCUGUUGGACCAGUGCCGGAAGGGAUAUGGGUUGAAGUGUCCACCAAAAGAAACACAAGAUUCACUGAUUGCUUCCAUUUCCACUGAGGUUUGUGCCAGAAACAUGUUUGUGGUGGCCUACAUCUGGGGCUUUGGUGGGCAUCUACAUCCUAGACACUGGCCACAGUUCAGCCAUUUAGCUCGUGAGUCACUGUUUGAGAGUCGUUACAAAGUGGAGUUCCCCCAAAAGGGCUCAGUGUUUGAACACUGUUUCAAUCUCAGUGAAGGCAACUUAGGAGAAACUGGAAGUUCUCUUAGCUUCUCUGGUGGCAAAAGUCUGCAACACCCACACACAAAUAUCCACCAGUAUGAAAAGCAUGCCUAUUUGCUGGGACUGCUGCUGGAUGCCAAUCAGCCAGCAAUUCUUGUUGGGGAGACAGGGUCAGGGAAGACCACUCUCUGCCAGUCUAUACUCAGUCAUGGUAGGCCGCACAUCCGAGUCCCUGCAAGCCCUCUUCUUAACAUCUCUAACCUGAGGAAAGUUCUAGAGAGCAUGAGGCAAUCUCCUGUGGAGACCAUUGGGAAAAGCAUGAAGCAGGCAGGAUUGUUACUGUUUAUUGAUGACCUUCAUGAGGCCCCCUGUGUGUUGGGUCCUGCUGCCAAUGUGCUCAAUAUCACUCGCCUCUGGAUGCACGAGUGUUUACGAACCUUCGGGGAUCGCUUAGGCUCAGAAGAGGAUAUUCAAACAUUUGUCAAGCUUUUAACAGAAACGUCGGAGGUACAUUUCGGUAGAAGAUUAGCUGUUGAGCCUCAGGCAGACGAAGUGGACACAUCUAAAUCUGCAUGUCCAUCACCACAUGCAGGGUAUGUAAGGGCUAACUCAACAGAUUCAAAUCAGAAACAGACAGAAGAUUUGAGCUCGAUCAUAAAGCCCUUGAAUAAGUCUGACUUGUCCAACAAAGUAGAAUCUGUGGAGAAAUCACUGUUCGGUAGCUCAGAGUCAGGUAGUGGAAGUGAAGAGGAAACAUGUGGUGAAAAGCCUGUGAAGAAGCACAAAAAGAAAACCCUAAAAAGGAGAAGAUAUGUGGAUAGAGGCAACAAGGCCGGUGACUUACAAGAAGAUCAACCCAAUACUAAAUGUCACACUCCACAAAUGCCCACUACGCUGAAACCAUUGAAAAGCCCUGUCUUGAGGAAGCUUCAUAAAACAGAUGGAAAGCCAAACACUUAUAAAGUACCAGAUGACUCUGUACCUCCCCUCCAGUUACUUAAAGACAUGGAAGCCACCAUACACAAUGCGACCUUUGGCCCAGAACUACUGGAGCCCCUCAGCUCCAUCUCACAGCAGCAUAAUUUCAAACGCAACUCAGUUUACAUGGAAAGAGAUUUGGACAUGUUAGUGCAACAGCUAGCUCUCACGGUGAAGAGCAAAGAAGAGGAGGAAAAAGCAGAGUUUAAUGAUCAGUGGACAUGCACCGCCAGGUAUGUAAUACACAAACCAAGGGUGCGGCAGCUCAGUCACAUUCUGCGUGUUUUGCUAAUACAUGGUGGACAUGGGGCUCUCUUCCGUGCUGCCAAGGGCACAGGUCGCAAAACUACAGUGCGUCUGGCAGCCCUUCUGUCUGGGUACAAGCUGAUGGAGAUCCAUGCGGGGAAUGAGGGCAAGUUCAGGGAAAUGCUUAAAGAUGCUGGAAGCCUCAGUGGUGUGCAUGGCAUUAAAAUUAUAUUUCUUGUCCACGAGAAUAUCAGUCAGACCGUUAUGGAUGAGCUUCUCAUUGUAAUGGCAAGUGGAACUUUCCCAGACCUCUACUCUGAAGACGAUCUCAAAAACUUGAUUCAGCGGAUCACUUCGGUGAAUCGACUAAAGGAUGACCAGGCACUUGAUAAAUACUUCAGAAAUAUCCGAAGGAAUCUUCAUGUGUUCUUGCUCUUGCCCCCAACCAAAGAUAAUGCUGACGGAGCUGUCAAAGAGGCCUUUGUUUACCUACAUUUCUCACUAAUCUCAGUAUCUUCCCUGUUUUUUACAGUUGAUAGAGACCCCUUAAUAGCCAGCAUAUCUUGGGCCAUGGCUUGUAUUCAUCAGUCGGCUGUGAGAUAUAUGGCCAACUACCUCCCAAGCCUACAACCAUUUACUUCUCAGACCUACAUAGAACUAAUAGCACACUACCUCCUGCUCUGUAGCCACUUGCAAAGCCAAGGCCAAGGUCAUGCCAAUAGGAUGGUUACAAUCCUUUCACGUGUACAGGAUAUUGCUGACAUUGCUCAAAAAAGCAGACAGCAAGUUGUGAAUCUGAAGGUUAAAUUAAAUAAAACAAUAAAGCAACAUGCACUGUUGCAACGAGCACAUGAAACAGAACACACACUGUGUACCCGCACCCGACGGCACUCCAACAUGGAGAGAAACCGCCUCACACUGUUAGAGGAAGAGGCUGACAAAGCCAACAAGCCGCUUCAAGAGGCUUUCAUGCAGGUGAGCCAAUUGUACAAUAACGCAGUGAGUGCUCUGAAGAUUUUAAGUCAAACUGAUGUGGAUGAGGUCAGGCGAUACCGUUGCCCGCCAGAAGGAGUGGUGUUGAUCAUGGAUGCAAUAUGUUUGCUCUUUCAUCGCCCCAGAAAUUGGGAAAGUAGCAAAAGGCUCCUGGGACAACCUAACUUCUUUCAGGAACUGGAAUUUUUUGACCGCAACAGCAUCGAUGAUGAAGUUUACAAGAAGCUCUCCAGCAUCAUCCGCAUGCCAGAGUUCCAGCUUGAUGUGGUGCGAACCAAGAGCCGCGCCUGCGAGUCACUCUGCGGCUGGGUGCGGGCGCUGUUCGAGCACGCCCGCCUGCUGCGCCGCAUGGCCCCGCAGGCGGCCAAGAGGAAGAUGAUGGAAACGAAGGUGAAGGAAUGCCGUGAGCACCUGCGGGAGGUCUGCAUGCAAGAGGAGUUGGCCCAGGUGCGCUUCGAAGAUGGGAAGCGGAAGGUGGAGGAAAAUCGCCAAGAAACGGAUGAUGUGACAGCACAACUGCGCUUGAUGGACGUGCAGGAGCGGGAGGCGACUAACACUGUGAAUCAGACUGAGUUCCACAUAGCUAUAUGGAAUGCUAGAAAAAAGGGGCUAUGGGCCAAUCAACCCCUAAGCCCACCUGCGGUGUGCUGGCUGUCUGGAGUGGAGAGGAGGAGGCAAAAGGAAAUAAAGAUGAACAAUCACACAGUUCCUGGCGAUGCCCUUAUUUCGGCGGCUGUCAUCACUUACCUUGGUCCAUUUGGAUCCGAUGUACGAAUGGAGCUCCUUGAUAAGUGGUGUGAGCUGUGUCUCCAUGGCAACAUCAAGUCCAACCUUAGAGACCCCAGAACAUCACUAGCUGUAAUUAAUGACUCUGUGGAGACCCCUUUGGAUUUCCCUCCGGCCGUGUCCAUUCCAGUGGACAAGCAUCUUCACAAGGUGUUUGCAAGGACCAUAGGAGCUGAGCCAUGGAAUAAAGGUAAUGUUCAUGCGGAGAAUGAAUAUGGACUUAUCAUCAGUGCUGAUGACCCCAAUCUUCUGGACAAACUGAGUCUUGGAGCAGAGAAAGUAUAUUAUUUGUUUGUGACUACAGGACUGAAGGUCAUGGUGACUCACGUAGAGCGUCUCAUGCCCAGCUCAGAGUUUUUGGAGUUCCUGGUGCGGCCGUCCGGUAGCCGAACUCCUGGUGUCAUACGUCCUGUCCGGCCAUCCCAUCCUGAGUUCCACUUAUCCUUCAGCACCCCAUUAUCAGUGCGGGCUCUGCUAAGAGAGAUUCACCCUGCAGUAUUGAAGGAGGUUCAGGUCAUUGAUUUGUCACUGAGUUCUGUUGAACUCAAAGAGCUCAUGAUGAGUGAAGUUCUACAGUCUGAGAAUGCAGACCUGCGGGCACAGCACUGCAUGACCAGAAGUAACAAACAGACACUAGAGUACAAACUGCACAAUGAGAAGGCGUCCCUCAUGGAGUACAUCCUUCAGUCUCUCGCUCCUCUUCAGCAAGACCUUGCGUUCCUCCCUCGUGUCUCGGCCUGUCACCGUGCCUCUCUGAGGCUGCAGGGUGAGAUCGUCCGGUGCUCAGAAGAGCUCGAGCACCAAAAACCACUGCUGCUGGACUACCGCUUUGUCGCGGACCUGGCCACGGCCUUCUAUCAGGCCCUGCAGCAAGUUGCUCUUCUGUCUCCCCUCUACCUGUUCACCUUGCACAACUUCCUGCUCGCUUUGCGACACACCCUACUUUUGAAAGGACAGCCCAUCGUGUCAUGCAACAGCGAGGGCUCCGUGAUGACCAAGGUGACCAACCGGAUCGUGCUGCAGCUGAUGGCCCAGUAUCGACCCUGCCUGUUCCAGAGCCACGCCAGCUUGCUCCGACUGCUGCUGUCGGUGGCCCUGUUUGGGCACAGUGAAGGUGGCGCUGAAGAGGAGCGAGAGGCCUUCCUCUGUGGGCUGAGCGACCCCUUGCAGUUCACACCCGAUAAUGCACCGAGCGUCAAACUCCCAAGCUGGAUCCCCUCCAGUGUCCACGCAGAGCUUGUGCAGCUUGAGAAAAUUGCACCCUUCUGCGGGCUCAUCGAGUCACUGGCAGCCAACUCUGGCCAAUGGCAAGAGUACCUGAGUUUCCCCUCCUCCACCGUGAUUGGCCCCAUCCCCUGCCAGUCUCACUCCCAUCUGUCCAUCAUGCAGCGCGCCCUUCUCUGGAAGACGCUCUCCCCCAGCUGGCUGUCUGCUGUGGCUGAGGACUUCGCUGCCUGUCAGCUGGGACAGCCCGCUCACUCCCCACAGGUAGGCCCUGCCAGGGCCCCACACACAGGCUGCCCGGAGGCUCUCGCCCGCUAUUUAGUCAAGAAUGAUGGCCCUGUGAUCGUACAGCUACCUCACCCGAGCCAGGGGGUGUCGGCGAGCGCCCACCCUAUUCACUGGCUCACACAGAUAGCCCAGGCCGCCGGAGACAAGAGAGUGGUGAGUAAUAUUGUUCUUUCUGCUUUAGUCAAGGUUAUCUCUUUGGGGACGAAGUGUGAGAAAGACUUAAUCCUCACAGCGCUUGAUCAAGGUGCUCAGAAAGGCCAUUGGGUGAUCCUGAACAACUGUCACCUCUUGGAAGAAUGGGAUGAGCAAGUGGUCCGCAAGCUCACUCGCAUAUUAUCCUUAACAGCUAAAGGACCCAAGGUAGAGGUAGACAAGACACUCGCUCAGGUACAUCCUCUGUUCAAGGUGUGGUUCAUAACUCAAGGGGAAGAUCCACUUUCGGUUCCAGCUGUUGUGAGGGUAUGUGCUCUUCGCUUGGUGUGCGAUUCUCCCUGGGACCUCAAGGAGCAGUUGUGCUCUUCCCUGUACUGUGUUGCCUCCUGCACAUCUACCCGCAGAUCCAGGUCUAUGGAGCCCAUUCUCCGCUGUGCCAUUCUGCACUCAGUGCUUCUUCAACGCCAAGCCUACCAGUACAUGGGCCAGGGUAGCCUCUACAACUGGACACAGGAAGAUCUUGUGACUCUGAUUGAAGCUCAUACCCAUCUCAGUAAACACUGCAUUGACACAGCUGAGGCACUGGAAUAUAUCGCAGGUAAAGGCUCUCUUGGCAUUAAGCCCUUGCCCUCAUGUUGUCUUGUUCCAGCAUAUCUGGUCUAUGGUGGUCAUGUGCUUGACUCUGCUGAUCUGGAGGCUGUAGUCGGAGUGACCAGGGCCUGCCUGAGGACUCCCUCGCCCACGUGGGGCAGCGGUCCACACACUCUGGCACAGAUCAUCAGCACCUCUGGCCACUUAGGCUUUCAAGGUCUUGACCACCAUGUUCAAAACCUGCGUGAUACCAAUGAUCCUUUGCUGCUGGGCUUCAACUCAGGGAUGGGUGUGAAGCAAGUAAAACUGCACAGCCACUCUCUCCAAACCCUGCUGCACCUGUCACAGAGGCUGUAUGGUGGCCUCAGAGGUCUCACCAACACACAGAGGUAUCAAACCUCUCUGCCUGACUACAAGGAGGCCCAUAUGAAGCUGUUGACCCUUCAGGACUCUCUGCAGCGCAUAGUGGAGGGUACAACAUUGGGGACAGGAGUCGCUGCCCCUGGGCCCUUGCGUGACUUCCUACUAAUGGAAAGGGAAAGAUUGGCAGAUAACGUGGCUUUCCUGCUAGCCAGCCUCUCUUCUCCAAGCUCCAAGACGGCUUCCUCUUAUACCGAGUAUACAGUACAGGCUCUCAGUAAACUGGAGAAGAGAGUGAAUCUGUUGCAAGACUACCUGGGGGAAGACUCGUCCAGCUCGACAUUCUCCGUCUGUUGCCUGUCUGCGUUCGAAAAUCCACAAGGCUUCCUAGGUGCUCUCAUCAGGCAGACUGCUCAAGACAAGCAGAGAGAUGUCAGCGAAGUGUAUCUCCAGUAUCGGGUACAAAAUAUUUUUUCACACAAAUGGUUAUGCUUCAGCCCUUCCAUUAUAAAGCAUGUGCUAAACAUUUCUGCGUUUCCUUCACCCCUUCCCCUCAACUGUGCGUACUUGGGUGGGCUGGAGCUUCAUGGUGCGGUCUGGGUAAUGAGGCACGGCGCUUUACAUGACACCCUCUCCCACAAGCCCUGCCCCUUACCGCUGGUGCUGGUCCAGGGGCUUGAGAGAGCAGAAGACCCAGCCCGCUCCCCUCACGGUCCUCAGAGCAGUGUCUCCGCCCUCCCUGUGUACAACUGUCCUCUCUACCGGGAUCCACAGCUCACGGAUGGAGACUGGAUCCUCUCUGAGAAGAACAUCGUAACGCAUAUCCCCCUGCCGGCUAAGCUCGACCCAGUGCUUUGUGCUCAGAGACGAGUGAGGUUGAGCUGCACCCUGUGAAAACAGGUCUAGAGUCAUUUCUUUACCAUGAUGUGAUGAAAGGUUUGAUGUGAUAUGUUCAGAUUUCACAUAGAUUUCAGAGCCAUUGGACACAGUUCGUAGAGUUCAGUAUCUGAUUUUUGUUUUGCAAGUAUUUUGAAUUCAUAGUUUUUAAAGCACAGAGUUAUUAAAAACAGAUUUUCAACUAUGAAUUUCCGUGUACACUUAUUGUUGUCUAUAAGUGAAAUUUAGGUGGGCAAUAGACAUUUUCUGGUACCGUAUCAGAUGAGUGAGAUUUGACAUAUAUCAUGACAAUAACUAACUGAUCAUGUCUACAUGUUUUUUUCAGUUAGAGUAGAUGAAACCUGGGAAAAAUACUAUGGUCUAGUAACUGGUGUGCUGUUUAAAGAAUAGAGACAACAUUUUAACUAAAGAGCUUGACCAUUGUAACUGGCCAUAGCUACAAUAGCUCUACUUAUGUGCACAGGUCCUGAACUGUUGUUAAGAACAAAUAUCUAAUCUUUCCAAAACAAUUAGUUUCAUGUUGAUAAA